UUCAGUGAAGGUUUAACAUCACGCCCUACUAGCUAAGUUCUCCGAUCGUUAUGUUAAUUCAGGUUUCAACAGCAAUCUGUGUCGACUGCAUCCCAGUAUGAAACUGCCAAUUUUUCGCCAAGUGACUGAAGCUUUGGCUGAAGAAAACAAGCAUUGGAUCCCCAUUGGAGGAAGGACCAAUGUCAUUUGAGCUCAUUUAUAAUGGUUACUUCAUUAACAUAACGUUAAGAACUUCUCUGUAGUUCGGUAUCUCUACUUUGAAUGGCAUGGCGGAAGGUAGGCACCUGUGGACUUAUUCGGAAACUAUGGCUUUGAUAGACGCAUGGGAGAAAAGAUACAACCUUCUAAAAGGCCAGAGACGAACUGCACAUCUUCAUGAAGAAAUUAAACAAGUUCUGCAUUCCAAGAAUAUUCAGAAGUCCGUUCGACAAAUUGUUAUAAAAAUAGACAACUUGACUCAAAAAUACAGGAAGACACUUCCGAAAUCGAAUCCUUCGUGGAUUUACUUUAAACGGCUGGACAAAUUCAUGAGGGGUACGUCAGAAAAUACUGAAGAAGCUAUUGUACAUAUGAAAUCGGAACGAUCGUCUUCAGAUCAGCCAGAAUACACUGAUGUCUCAAAUGAAGCCUAUGGCAGUCAUCAAAAUCUUGCCAACAUUUCUAUUUUGAACGUUGAAGGGAAUGCGGCAAUGAGACAGUUCGAAGGACCUGGGCAUUAUUUUCAUAGCAAAGGAAAGCAAAGACACUACCUCAACGAAAUGUUGAGCAUUAUUUAUAGGCAAAUAGAAGUCCAGAAGCAAGCCAUCUGCAUUCAAGAGAAGUUUGUUACUAUGGUAUCGCAGAUGAUAAACGAUUCUUCCAAUGACUGAAAGUUUCAAAGUUUGAGACGUAAAUUCUUGUAAGCAAGGAAUACUUACUCAUUCUUCAUAGACGGAAACUGUUUUCAUUAUUUCGAAGGCCUUUUUGAAAUUUCAUUCUUUUGCUACAAUAUUUGAAUGAUUUAGUGCAUUUAUUAUCAUAAAACGGUUGUAAAUGAUGAUAAUGUUUUACUUUCAUUUUACGUGCAUGUGAGCAGAAGGCUGACUGCUUUUGAAGAUAUUAGUUACAAUACGAUUUUGACAUUCUUGCAUUUACUUUAUUUAUUAAACUAAAGAAUAAUAUACUGCAAAUACUUGUGACAUGAUAGCAGUAUAUUAGUUAUAUUAAUAGUUUAUUGCGGGUUAAUAUUUUCUAAAGUGUGUAUAAUUGCUCAAGAAGAAAAUGAGCUUUAAAUUAAAUAUUCUCAUUACGUAACAUUAUUAACCAUUUAAUAGUAUAUGUCAGUUAAAUGAAGUUUGUCUUUAUAAUGUAUGUAGAGAUUGUUUUGGAAUAAAUCUUUCAUAUUACGA